GCAACGAGAACAGCCAUGCCCACGACAGCCUGUCGCAGGUUUCUGUCUUGACAGGAGACGAUGCUGACUUAUUCCUGCGUUGUUGCGUGCGUAUGCGCUGUCGCAUGAAUUUUCGCAGGUGGUGAUUUUUCGGUGCCGAAACGGAGAGAAGCCCGGAGGUGUGCGCCGGUCGGCGUGUUCGCACUCGAGGAGCAACAACACAAUUCCGGAGCGCCGUGAUCGAGGGGCGUAGCCCGAAAUCGAGGGAGAAAAGAGGGUUUCGUAGUUGCGCCUCGCGCAACAUAUAUCUCGCGUCGGAUUUCGUGCUAUCCCGUGAGAAGAUUACGAGAGCGUACACGUAAGAAGAAUUGCAAGAGGAAAAGAGAGAAGAAGGAGAAGAACGAGGAAGGAGCAAGUAGGGGAAGAUCGUUUUGACAAACGGAGUACUACCUGGUUACUGUGACACAGCAUGUAUACGUGAUACGUGAUACGCCUCGAAUCGAAUUCGUCGACAGCUCCUUGAUUUAAAAAAUUCAAUUAAAGUGCACGCGAAAGACUUCAACGACAUUCUGACUUACCAUCGCGCCAACGAGAAUCACUGCCAAUGUGCAAUUCGGCAGAUACUUCUUACGUACAAAAAUUAGGUUAUUUGCAUCUUGGAGAUGACACUGCGGAUGCUGGUGGUACGACCAGGGGCUCGGGUUCCAGGCCCGAGGCCCAGGUACCUGUGUCGAGAAAUGCGAUUAACAGAAACGACGCCAGAGCGUCUGGUAGACCAGUCGGCGCUAUCGAGAGCUUUAUUGAAGGAAAUUCUUCGGAUAUUUCCAGACAGGCAGCCACAGCGGACUACAAAUUGUAUGAGCGUGAAAACAUAAUAGCUGCUUCACGAUUUGCAACACCGAAGCCAGUAGAACAAAUCAGUGCGCAGCAGCAGCAUCAACAGCAGCAGCAACAACAGAAUCAGACUCGUACGAGCCAUCAACAGGCACCUGUUUAUGAGAAUAUAGAUUAUUAUCCGCAGCAGAGUCAAUCACAUCCCCCUUAUUACCAUCCAAUAGAAUCUAGAAAGAGUCCCAAAAGUAGUCCUAGAGGUUCUCUAGUUGGUGAUUCCUAUGAAGGUAAUUACAGGAAAGCUCAACCGCAAGUGCCAACUGGCAAUCGUUAUCAAAGUGCGUCACCAGCAAAAGAAUUACCGCCGUACGAAGCGCCACCGGUAUACGAAAACAUACAGGAGGUGCACUUCUCUGAGAGCAUGCAGAACAAGCCGGGACCACAGGUACCGCCGAAUUAUUAUCAUCCAGCAAAUAUUAAUGGCGGUGACUACGUUAUUAUGACUGGAAAGGUGGGUCAGUCUCCGAAUCAACGUGGUAUGACUCAAAGUUUAUCGUACACCCAGCAAAGAAGCGGAAGUAUACGCGGUCAAAGUUACGAUAGCUCAAGUUUACAGCGAUCAAUUGAUUCUUCUACUGCCAAGUACUUACAGGGCUCAUCCUCUGCCUCCUCAGAUCAUCAGUCUGGAAGAAGCGCUUACGUACCUCCCUCCGAAUUGCAACCACCAAACAGAAACUUCACUUACAACGCCGAACAGCAGCAGCAACAGUCUCCAAGAUCUGGUUUGCCGUAUCAUAGCGAAUCUCCUCCGAUACGCCUGCCGCCAGAAUCUCAUCAUUAUCGCGGUUCGUUGGAAAAUACUAUGAGUGGACAACAAGGAUUUCGUGCUACGAAUCAGGUUGAUACUAACCAACCUUCUCAGUUUCGACAGGAUAAUCCGCAGAAUUAUAAGCAGUAUAUUGAGGCUUCUUCAAGGACUACAAACACAAAUUUCACAGGGGACGCGCAAACCAGAAAUUCUCCAGUAUAUGGAAUUCGUCCAGGAGAACAGACAGCAUGUCGUAAUCCUCCAUGUUAUUCUCCAAAUCGAGCAAUGCCACAGAAUGACAGAAAUUAUCAUCAUCAAGAAAAUUUUCCUGCAAGAAAUUCUCCUGUUUAUUCUUCAAAUCGCUCCACAGAACACUUGAGAUUAGGCACAUUGCAACAAAGUGACAGAAGCUACAUGUCAGAUGUGUCAGAUCUCCCACCUGCAAGGAAUUCGUCUCUAUACUCUCCAAGUCGGAGUGAUCCUGCGAGGACUGUUAAUAUUGCCAACAAUAAUGCAGUAAGAGAAUCUCCGAAAACAAGCCCAACGCAUGGUCAGAUGCCAUUAGACAUUGCUUCGCAAAAUAUAAUUAAUUCACCCAGACAUGGACAGUCUCUUUCGUCCACCACUUCUAUUGGAAGUCCUAUACGUGGACAGGUACAAGCUCCUGUCAAUAGUGCUUCAACGACGUCCAAUGAAAUUGACACUAACGCCGGUCCCAGGAUUACGAGCCUCCCUCCGGGUGUUACCAGCGGAGUUGCAGGGCCUGUGCUCUUAAAUGCUGGUGUACCUGUGUUGCAAAGGCCUUCUAAUUCGGAAGCAGAGGAAAGAAAAUCUGUUAGCCCGCCGAUCAAGCCCGUGCCUGGGAAGGGAUUGUUACCCUACAAUGUCAUUUCUAGACCUUCGGGACCAACGGAAGCGGAAAGAAAAAUAGAGGAAUUAACGAGACAACUUGAAGAAGAAAUGGAAAAGCAAGAGGAAGAGGGCGAGUAUUUCGGCAUUUGCCAUACAUGUGGUGAGAAAGUGACCGGCGCCGGACAGGCAUGUCAGGCAAUGGGCAAUCUCUAUCAUACCAAUUGCUUCAUAUGCUGUUCCUGCGGAAGGGCUCUCCGCGGCAAAGCCUUCUACAACGUUCAUGGGAGGGUCUAUUGCGAGGAGGAUUACUUGUAUUCCGGUUUUCAACAGACGGCCGAGAAAUGCGCGAUUUGCGGCCACCUCAUCAUGGAAAUGAUACUGCAGGCCAUGGGCAAAUCGUAUCACCCGGGCUGCUUCAGGUGCUGCGUCUGCAACGAGUGUCUCGAUGGCGUACCCUUCACGGUCGACGUUGACAAUAAGAUCUAUUGUGUAAACGAUUACCACAGAAUGUUCGCGCCUAAGUGCGCGUCUUGUGGAAAGGGAAUCACGCCGGUUGAGGGAACCGAGGAAACGGUCAGAGUGGUCUCGAUGGACAAAGACUUUCAUGUGGACUGCUACGUUUGCGAGGAUUGCGGUAUGCAGCUGACCGACGAGCCGGAUAAGCGGUGCUACCCACUUGACGGCAGACUUAUGUGCCGUGCGUGUCACAUCCAACGCAUAUCGCAUACGCAACCGAGAGCACCGCAACCAGUGUCAGCUAGCUAUCAGUUUAUGGGUUAAGUGCAUUGAUGCUUAAGCAUCUGUCGGAGCUCUUUGAAUUGCGCACGUUAAUGAUCGUUCGAUAAUGAAUACUAUGAAAAUCAAUUGAGUAAAGUGAAAGAAUCGACGUUAACAUUCCGAAAUUUUAGAGAAUCAGAACGUGUGUGCGUGCAUACAGAUAAUCAUAAAUACAUACUUGGUCCUAAUCUUGAAGACAGAUUUUCUCGGGAAAAAGUAUUUAGGAAA